AUGUCUCAGUUCAUUGUUCCUGGUGAUGAUUUCCAGCUGGAUUUGACUAAGGAAACUGCAUUAGGCCCUGGUAUGUACUAUGACCCAAAGACUCAAAGAGUUGCAGUUGUGGCUGCAGGUAUGUUAAACGUGGUGGAAACGAAAAGAGGACAGACAGUUUAUGUUGAUUACAAUACUAAAAGGUAUAUCCCUGCAGUUGGCGAUUUUGUUAUUGGCACAAUUACAGGAGCUUACGGUGAUCGAUAUAAAGUUAGCUUGUCAAAUUUUUCAAACAGUGUUUCAUUAUCUUACAUGGCAUUUCCAAACGCUUCUAAGAAGAAUAGACCAACUUUGAAAGUUGGGGACUUGGCUUAUGCUCGUAUUUGUUCAGCUGAGAAAGAACUAGAGGCUGAAAUUGAGUGUAUGGAUUCAUCCACAGGUGUUGAUAGUGGAUUUGGGUCACUAGAAAACGGUAUGGUUAUAGAGACUAAACUACCAUUUGCACGUAGAUUAUUAUUUGAUAAUGAUUUUCCACUAUUGCAGCUGCUUGCAAAGCAUACAAAAUUUGAAAUAGCUAUAGGUCUAAACGGUGUAGUAUGGGUAAAGUGUGCAGAAGUGAAGAACACUUUGGCAUGUUACAGAUCUAUUUUAGAUUGUCAAAACGCUAAAAUAGAACAAUACAAAAAUAUUAUCAAAAUGCAUUUUGAGCAACUUUCAAAUGCUAUAGAAGAAUAA